AUGGACAGUAUUAUCUCCCAACCAAAUCCACUUAACAACCACCACCACAAAGCUACCACCGCCCCAAACAACAACGACGACUACCAAGUUGCAGAUCCUGAUCUCACUAACAUGAUUGGUCGAGAUCUCAAUUUCAUGAAAGAGACCAUGACACAGAUUCAGAAGUUUGUAGAUCAUAUGAAUGUGCAAAUCAACCAGGCUUGUGAGAAAUUUGAGGAGCUCAAAACAAGAGGAGGGAGUGAUACUAACGAACUCGACCAACUGAAAAUGUCUGUCAAGAAGUUGAAAUCCCAGAUUCCCUCCAAGCUUAAAAUCCAUUAUGAUGAUGAUUCAAAACCACAUCGGAAACCAUGGUUUGAUGGAUCCAUUAACAGUAGCAGCAGCAACUACCAAGUCGAUGUAAACAAGGCCGGUUAUUUGCACAGCUUGGACAAGGAGCCAAAGUUUGAUCGCACCACUGCACUUGAAGAUAUUCGGGUAUCUUUCUCUAGACUCCCCUGUAAACUACAAGAUUGUUUGUCUUUUUUCUCCAUGUUCCCAGAAAUGGUUACUAUAAAGAAAAGCCUUAUGAAUAACUGGUGGAUUGGAGGGGGACUUCUGAUGGCCCAAAACACAGAAGAAGAAAUUGUGUUGGGGAAGACGGCAGAGGAUUUUGUCAACGAGAUCUCGGAUGAGCUUAUUGCAAAGGGCUUCAUCGAGCCUAUCUACAAAAAUUGUGGAUUGGCUGUGGAUAGCUACAGGAUGCCCCCUGCCAUUCGUCGUUUUUUAACCACUGAACCAAUGGGGAUUUCGUUUGGUAAGUCCGUGCAUCAUGGCUUCACCCAGGGGUUUCAUGGCAUUGUCAACGUUGAUGCGGCUAUUAUUGAUGGAAGACAAGAAAUUCUUUUCAAAUAUACCGACUCUUCGAGAGUUGUUUACUUGGGAAGGUGGCAGAACUCGCUCACACAUCACAUUGAAGUCCCAGACGUCAAAAUUCUCAAUUUUCUCAAGAAUAUGAAACAAUGUUUGGGGUUUCUUAGCCUUCGAGGAAUUUCUUUGGUUAAAGAACUUCCUCAGUUCAUUUCAAAACUGACUAAUCUUAAGAUUCUGGAUCUCAAAGCAUGUCACAAUCUUGAGGUGGUUCCAGAUUGGAUUGGCUUGCUUGAAAAUUUGGCACACUUGGAUAUUUCUGAGUGUUACCUUUUAGAUCACAUGCCCAAGGGGCUUGGUGCACUAUCCAAUCUCGAAGUCCUUAAGGGAUUUAUUAUUGGAGAUUCCAAGGACAAAAAGUCAUGUACUAUCAAUGAUUUGACAAAAUUGUCAAAGCUACGAAAAUUGAGCAUAUCCACAAGUAUGAAAGAAUUUCCAAUAGAUCGGCAGCUUUAUCAUUUACAAAGAUUAAAAUUUCUACAGAAGUUGAAAAUAUCUUGGUCAGGAUGCAUUUUACGAGGUAAAACUGAUAAUUCACCUAAGCAAGCACAACUAUUUUCCAAGCAAACAACGCUGGCAAGAUCAUUCAUUGAACAACAUGAUCCAAAACUUCCUCUCUCAUUAGAACUUCCUUCAUCGUUGCAAAAACUAGAGCUUGAGUGUUUUCCUGAGAUAGAUACACCCAGUUGGUUAUGGUCUGACAAUUUGAAGAACUUGAAGAAACUUUAUAUCAGAGGAGGACGAUUGUGUAAUCUGGACAAAAUAGUAGCUACCACAGUUGAAAUGUUAAAAUUGAAGUACUUGAGUAACUUAGAGAUGCCUUGGAAAGACAUUAUGAUGUUAUUUCCCAAUUUGAUUUACUUGGAGAAAGUAGAAUGUCCUAGCCUUAAUUCCUUCCCAUGUGAUCAGAAUGGUGUUUGGAUGAGAAAAGAUAAUCGCAUUGAUGUGAAAUGCGGUGGAAGAAGCCACUAA